GAUUACUUCCAGGUUGAACACAAUUUAUCCAAUAAAUUCGAGAGCAGCUUCACGAAUUUUUCCGGCACGAGUACAACAGUUCCAUUGUUUGAUGUUCGAACUGAACAACAGCAACAACAACAACAACAACAACCUCCAAGUACCAAUGCCAACGUGGCCGCGCAAUCCGUCCAGACCAAGUCCCCUCGAUCUUUGGCAGACUAUUUUGCCCCACCAGACACUGUGCCAAACGACAUGGCUCCCACAAUACCGUCACUGUCUAACAAUGAUACAAGAGAAUGGCAAUUUUUCACGCCAUCCUCCACAAAUGCCGUUCUAUCAGAUCACUCGGAUGUUCCCACUGCGAUUUCGAAUUCGCAAAUGCCACCUGGAAAAGAAGAUCUUCAAUCGAACGGUCCAUCCCUUUACGAACCGGUUACCUUAACCGCACAAUCCACAUCACAGUCUUGUCCAGCCAACACUUCACAAAUUGACCUGAUUAUUGAACAAAAUCCAAUUGCUACUGUGACUGUUGAUGAUGGUUUGGAUCGGUUCACCCCUGGUUUGUCGGAAGAUGAGAAAUUCGAUAAUGUGUAA